AUAUUGAGCAAUAACAGCCUGCCUGGUUUGGUCUGAGGAUCCUGAACUUCCUGGUUUGCACCUGUCUGAAAGCAAAGCAAGCAGCAGCAGAGAAAACGCUGAACAGUUUCAGAGUAAGGCCAUGGCCUAUCGAGACCUAGUGACCAACUGGCACAAAGGCAUCCUGGCUCUGGAGGAGGGCAACUGGGCCUCAGCCUUAAAGAUCUUCCAAAGCAUCGAAACGCCUUCCUCAAAGACAGAGUUCAACAUUGGCCGCAUCCAUCUCCUAAGAGGAGACCUGGCAGAAGCACUGGAGGCAUUUGACCAAGCAAUUUCCAAGGAUAACUGUUUAGCUGUGGGCUACUACCAGAGAGGCUAUGUCUGCCUGCGGCUGGAGAGGUAUGAAGAAGCCCUGGACAACUGCCGUCUGGCUCUGGCUCACCUCCGAAACAACUCCUUUAUUGAUUACAAGCAGCUAGGUUUGAAGUUUGUGUUGUAUGCCUGGGAGGUGCUAUACAAUACUGCUGCUGUCUACUGUCAGCUUGGGAAGUGGCAGGAUGCCGAACGCACCCUGGAAGAGGUCUGUGCGUGGAUUCCCAGGAAUCAGACCGUACACCUCAGUGCUGCUCUGGAGCAAGUGCAGGACCGUCUCUUCCUGCAGCCUAGGAGCCUCCCUGAGGGGGAAUUCUUCAGACCUCGGAAGGAGGAUGUGGAGGAACUAGAAGCAAAAGAUUUCCUGGGAAGACCCAAGGUCAUCUCUUCUGCUUUUGAGGAAGAUAAUGCCAGCUGCCUUCAGGGUCUGCAGCCCCAGGGCUGUUAUAAUCCCGAAAUGGAUCCUUCCCGAGAGCAAGAGGGCGGAUACCAUUACCUGGUGGCCCCGUAUUACCCAGAGAGGGGCGGACCCCUUAAAGCUGGCAGCGUUGUUUACAUCUUAUCAAUGGGUCCAGGCAGUCAUGCAUCAGGCAUAUUUGAGGGGCAGAAAGUUUGCAUCCCAGUCUCUUACCUGGAGCCCAUGCGGCAGGUUGGACAUAGCAAAGGGGAGAUCCAGGGUGGGAUCCCCCUUCCCCCUGAGAAAGUGCCCCCUAACCGGCCCGCUGAGGUGCAAAGGAUGCAGCCACCACCAGGACCGACAGAGAGAAAUGUGGACAUGAAUGACACUGACCCCAAAGAAGCACUGCAGGCAGAGCUUUCUUCUCCUGUGCAGACCCCAUCGGCUCAGGAGGAAGUCUCUCCCAUCAACGGCAGGCCCAUUCUGCUAACAGUUCACGGAUCUUACACUGCAAACAUACAGAUGAGUAGUGCCCCAUCCCUGGCUCACUUGCGUGCCUUGCUGCAAGAAGAGUGCCAAAAGCAAGCUGAGAAGAUGAUACUGAGGUACAGACCUACAGGCAGUGAUGAGUUAAUUCCAAUUAGCAAGGAUGAGGAACUGAGGAAAACAUGGCAAGAGGUACAAGGUAGCCAGCUGACCCUUUGGUGCCAGGGGAAAGACAACCGCACAGACAGACGUGUUCUCUAUCAAAUGGUGGCACAACAUCCUUACACUGCACAGGGGAUGGAGGACCUGAAUUUUAAGGAAGGUGACAUACUGGAGAUCCUAUCUGAAGUGAAUGAGGAAUGGCUAGAAGGGCGCUGCAGAGGAACAGUUGGGAUUUUCCCAAAAUGCUUUGCUGUGCGAGAGAUCCCUCCUGCUGCUGCUGCUGCUGCUGCUGAUCUCCCUCUGCCCCUUUUCCCAGGCACGGUUGCCUCCCCUUCGGGGGACUGAGGAAUCUUUCCAUGACCGUCAUUUUUACAAUAUUUAAGAGGAAAUAAAUAAAAAUGUGUAUUGUUACUAUA